AGACCUUGCGCGCACACACACCAUAUACGCAGAGCGAUGUGCACCAGCUAGCUAGCACCCACAGACGCGCCAAACCAGAAUCAGUUCACUCUACCUGUACAUAGCCAGAGGGCGAAUACAUCCGUCCGUGCCGUGGAGCGAGGCCGCCCGGCCAUGACGACGUACAGGGUGUGCUGCUUCCUGCGGCGGUUCCGGCCGGCGUCCAACGAGCCGUCGGAGGCCAUCGGCGACGUGUUCGAGGCGUACGCCGGCGCCGACGGCGGCAGCGGCGCGCUCGGGGAGGAGGCGCUCAGGAGGUUCCUCCGGGAGGUGCAGGGGGAGGCCGGCGACGACGACGUCGAGGCGGCAGCGAGGGAGGUCCUGGCCUUCGCGGCGGAGCACCGGCUGCUCAAGAAGGGCGGCGGGCUCACCGUCGAGGGCUUCCACCGGUGGCUCUGCAGCGACGCCAACGCCGCCCUCAAUCCUCGCCGUGGGGUUCACGAUGACAUGGGGCUGCCGCUGUCGCACUACUUCAUCUACACGGGCCACAACUCGUACCUGACCGGGAACCAGCUGAGCAGCGGGUGCAGCGAGGCGCCCAUCGCCAAGGCCCUCCGCGACGGCGUCAGGGUCAUCGAGCUCGACCUCUGGCCCAACGCCGCCAAGGACGACGUCGAGGUCCUCCACGGCAGGACAUGGACGUCGCCGGUGGACCUAAUGAAAUGCCUGGAGACCGUCAAGGAGCACGCCUUCGUCUCCUCCCCAUACCCCGUUAUCCUCACCCUCGAAGAUCACCUCACUCCGCAUCUUCAAGCCAAAGUAGCAAAGAUGAUCAAGGAGACAUUUGGGGACUUGCUCCACCUCUCGGAGUCCGAGGCAAUGCCCGUAUUCCCUUCCCCCGAGGACCUCAGGGGCAAGAUCAUCAUAUCAACCAAACCGCCAAAAGAGUACCUUGAAACCAAGAGUAGCAAGGAGGAGGCCCAAAAUGGUAGCGCGGAGGAGGAGAGUGUGUGGGGGGACGAGAUUCCCGACAACAAGGCUCAGGUUGCUACUGCUCGCCAGGUUUCAGAGAAGGACAACUACCGGUAUGUGGAAGAGGAUGAAGAGAUGGAGAAGAAGGUACAACUGGGGGUUAACGGGGAGUAUAAAAGUCUCAUCUCAAUCAGCCUCACCCGGAGAAAGCACGACAUGGAUCAGGAUCUCAAGGUUGAUCCCGAGAAAGUGUCUCGGAUGAGCUUGGGGGAGGCGGCAUACGAGAAGGCCACCAUUACUCAUGGAUCUGAAAUUAUAAAGUUUACACAGAGGAACUUGCUACGGAUUUUCCCAAAGACAACGCGCAUUACUUCAUCCAAUUACAAUCCACUGAUGGGAUGGAGAUAUGGAGCUCAGAUGGUUGCAGCAAACAUGCAGGGCCAUGGAAGGAAACUAUGGCUGACUCAAGGGAUGUUCCGGGCAAAUGGCGGUUGUGGUUAUGUGAAAAAGCCUGAUUUUCUUAUGAACACGGAUAAAAUGUUUGACCCUAGAUCCAAACUACCAGUGAAGACAAGGCUCAAGGUGACUGUCUACAUGGGAGACGGAUGGCGAUUCGACUUCCGCAAGACGCAUUUCGACAAGUGCUCGCCACCAGACUUUUAUGCAAGGGUGGGUAUAGCAGGAGUGGUUGCAGACACAAUGAUGAAGGAGACCAAGGUGAUCAUGGACAACUGGAUACCGACGUGGGACCACGAGUUCGAGUUCCCGCUGUCCGUGCCAGAGCUCGCGUUGCUGCGCGUCGAGGUGCACGAGUCCGACAACCACCAGAAGGACGACUUCGCCGGCCAGACCUGCCUGCCGGUGUGGGAGCUCCGGUCUGGGAUACGCUCCGUCAGGCUCUACGCCCGCGACGGCGAGGCGCUGCGCUCGGUAAAGCUGCUUAUGCGCUUCGAGUUUUCAUAGAGGAUCGAGCUCGCGGGCGUUUCCCUGUUGAUCCUGGCGAUGUUGGUGGUGUGUGUAAAAAGAUUGGAAAUUUUUGUUCGUUGGUGCCUCUGUCAUUGUGCGCGUGCUCGUGCUGUAUAUGAUGUGAUUAGAACUCAAUGUGCGACUAUUGUUUGUCAUUGGGUGUUUGUUGAGUGAGCCAAUGAAAGAUCAAAGAUUGUUCCGCUAGUA